CCCGGCCCGGAGCCGCCCUCCGGAGGGAGAGCUCUUCCAGCUGCGGCACUGCUGAGGCAGGAAACCUCUGCGAGAAGUGUCGCCUCCACCGACGCCCUUAAAGCCGAUCCCUUUCGCCAGGAAGGAGAAGAGGCUGAGGUUGGGAGAGGAGCAAAUUGCAGGGGAAGGUAAAGAUUGUGGCAAACUUUCUAGCUGCUUCUGCGUACUGCUACCUCACUGGUGGGAGUGUCUGCCCAUAAGGAACUGCAGAGCCCAGACCUAAGAGCCCUGAGGCUCCAUAAAAGACUUCCAGCCGCCUUUGGAGGAGGAACUGCCGGCAGUGCAAGCUUUCGCAUAUACGGCUGAGUAGAUGAUUCAGCUCUAGAAGAAAGAUUUGUCUCCAUGAAUUCCUUUGAAAGCACAAUGGAUGCAUUUUAGAGCUCCACAGAAGUCAUCUUAGGAGCAAGAACAUCGGACUUUGAGGAAUAACAGUUCAGAGAGCCCAGAAAUUGGUCACUUCUAAAGCCUCUUUGGCCGUACACCUUGGAAAUGAAUACCAUUGAGACAGCAAAGCUUGAGGAGCAUAUGGAGGGUCAGCCAAAUGAGACUUCUAAUGGCUACUCACGACCUACUCUCUCAGUCAGUGAAGAGAACAAAAAUGGCACUAGCAAACCAAAGGGCUUGUCUAAUGGCUUGCGAAAAACAGCAAAGAAGUAUCCUGAUUACAUCCAGAUUGCUAUGCCUGCUGAAUCUAGGAACAAAUUCCCUCUGGAAUGGUGGAAAACAGGCAUUGCCUUUGUCUAUGCUCUCUUCAACUUGAUUUUAACAACUGUCAUGAUCACUGUGGUCCAUGAGAGAGUACCUCCAAAGGAGCUAAGCCCUCCCUUGCCUGACAAAUUUUUUGAUUACAUUGAUCGUGUGAAAUGGGCUUUUUCUGUAUCAGAAAUAAAUGGAAUGAUACUACUUGGAUUAUGGAUAAUCCAGUGGUUGUUUCUUAGAUACAAAUCAAUAGUGGGACGCAGGUUCUUUUUUAUAAUAGGAACUUUAUAUCUGUACCGCUGUAUUACCAUGUAUGUUACCACCUUACCUGUGCCUGGAAUGCAUUUUCAGUGUGCGCCAAAGUUGAAUGGAGACUCUCAGGCAAAGGUUCAGAGAAUCCUGCGACUGAUUUCUGGUGGUGGUCUAUCCAUAACUGGAUCACACAUCCUAUGUGGAGACUUCCUGUUUAGUGGGCACACUGUAGUAUUAACGCUGGUCUACCUGUUCAUCAAAGAGUAUUCACCACGUCAUUUCUGGUGGUAUCACUUAAUCUGCUGGCUGAUGAGUGCUGCUGGCAUCAUUUGUAUCCUGGUUGCUCAUGAACACUAUACUGUAGAUGUCAUCAUUGCCUACUAUAUCACCACGCGGCUCUUCUGGUGGUACCACUCAAUGGCUAAUGAAAAGACUUUAAAGGUGUCUUCACAGACGAAUUUUCUCUCUCGAGCGUGGUGGUAUCCAAUAUUUUAUUUCUUCGAGAAGAAUGUGCAAGGCUCUGUUCCUUGCAGUUUUUCCUGGCCGAUAUCUUGGCCUCCCAGCUGCUUCAAAUCUUCAUGCAAAAAGUAUUCACGGGUUCAGAAGACAGGAGAGGACAAUGAAAAAUCUACCUGAAGAAAAGAAGGAAAGCAUCUGCUCUGUUUUUUUCAUUUUUGUUUUUUUUUUUUUUU